AAAUACCGGAACUAACGGUAUGAGUCUAUCUUCACUUCCUUGGAGAAGAUAGACGCGCGACUCGUCCAAACAUGAAUACAGAAUAGUUUGUCAACCAAUGCUUUCCUAAGCAGGAUAUUAAAAACCUUACAAUAACUUAAACGCAAGUGAUGGCAGCACUUUUAAUCUCAUGAGUACAAUGAUGUGGGAAGAAAAGCCACUUAGCACUGUAACUGACAACUUUGAAAUAUUAGCUUCAAACAGUUUUUCAGACUGCAUCUCCAACAAUGAAGAUGUGGAAAAACUACUUAGGUCUACGUCACCAACAAGGCAACGUUCUUUAAGUCUUAGAAGCCGUCCACCGUCGGGCAGAGCAUAUUUAAAAUCUUUUUCUAGAUCCCCUAGCCCUUCAAGGAUCAAACAAAUGAGUUCAACAGUGUCAAUCAGAGAAUCAAACAAAUGGCAAGAAGACUGGAGAAAUGCUCUUGAGAAAGCAGUAGAUGAACCGGAGAUACCACAGAGACUUCUCCCUACUUCCAGUGACAGUGUAUUGGAUAGCAAUAGUGACUGGUUUCCCAUGAAGGCCAACCAUGAGAUUACAGUUCCUACUGACAACAUUGGUAUAUAUAAGACCAGGAAGCCCUUUGUUUAUGAAGACAUGAAUUUAAUAGUACCUACCAAACUGAGCAGAUCGCAGUCAAUGUCCACUCUGAACAAGUCAAUGAAUGGUGAUGUUUAUAUGAAUGGCAUGUCAGUAGGCAGUGGACUAACAAUCACAGAUAAGUCCAUGCAAGAUCUUCACAAUACAUUGGAAGACAGUGAGAACAGAAGAAAUGUGCUGAUUCAUAAACUCAAAGAAGCUCAGUCCACCUUAGAACUGCAAAAUGAGAGACUGAACAAAAUUGAAUCUUCUGCAAAAGAAAAUAGCUUACUUGUAGAGGAUCUCAAAAUGAAAGAAAGGGCUUACAGAAAGAAGAUUCAUCUUUUGGAAGCAGGGCAGGAAGAAAAACAAAGGCUUAAGAUGGACAACUUACGACUCAGGGAAGAAAUGCAAGCAAGAAUAAGUACACUUGACAAUCAGUUGAAGCAAUUAAAAACACAACAUAACAGCAGUGAGAGUGAAAAUGAUAAAAGAGCUCACCUCCUGAAUCACACCACUACAAUCUUGUCUCUGCUGGAAGAAGAAAAUGCCAAGCUACACCAGGAUAAAGAGAAAUUACUCUCAGAGUUCACCCUGACGAAGGAAGCAUUGAAUAUGACCAAAGCCAAUUACAGUGGUCUUGAGAUUGAACACAAUAAUCUAAAAAAUGAAUGUAUCCGAUUCAAAGAAGAUAACACAGCAUUAGCCAGAAAAGUGCAGGAGAUGGCUGGUCAGAUGUUGGAACUCAGAAGUUUGCUGCAGGCUGUUAGAGAUGAAAAUGAAAGAAUUACAUCAACUUGGAGGACAACUGCAGAAGAUAAAGUGCAGGUGGCCAAGCAAGUUGAAGGUUAUAAAGAUAUGAUAUCAGACCUGAAGUCAAGGCUUGCAACUACCAGCACUGACAGAGACAGAUUGUUUCAAGAGAAGUUAGAGAUGAACAGCAAAAUACAGCAGAUGGUGUUGGAUAAGGAACAGUUAAUGAGGGCCAAACUGAAUCUUGAAGAUCAAGUGAACAAUCCUUAUCCUUAUAACUCAAGUCUAAAGUUUUCAGACUACAGACAAGACCUUGACAAACAUGAGCUAACUAAAGAACUGGCUGCUGUGAAAAAGGUUUGUGAUGAACUAACUACAGAGCUUUCAUCUGUAAAGUUAUAUUAUGAACGAAGUUUAGAACAAGUUUCAGCAUUAGAAAAAAGUAGGUUGAUAUUACAAUCUCAGUUGGACAUAGGAGAUCAGGAGAAGUUGAGGCUACAGCUGGAGAUUGACAGGUUGAAUCAGCUCCAGAGGGAAAGAAAUUUGGAUGAGAAAAAUGGCAGAGAUUUUCAGGAAGAACAAAUCUUUCAACUUAGGAAUGAAAUAAAGAACACAAGGUUUGAAAAAAGUGAGCUUGAAGCAAAGAUUUUAGAAUUGGAAGCUAAAUUAAUGAAGGCCCAUGAAGGCUUACGAGAGGAAACAGUCUUUCAGACCACUGAACUUGACAUGUGGAAGAACACUUGUGAGAGAGUGACAUCAUCACUGGCAAAUAAAGAAUCGGAACUUCAGAAUAUUACAGACAGGGUUCAUCAGCUGGAGGACAUUGUUUUAGACUUGAGAAAAAAACUAAGAGAUGAGAAAGAUAAAAAUGAAAUUCUUUCAACUAAGUUUGAUGACAGUGAAAGAUUGAAAUCGGAGAACAAACGUCUUUUACAAGAGAAAAGUGAAAAUGAACAAGUUAUUAAACUUUUAGAAACACAGAAAUCUGUUUUAACCAAAGCUUCAGAAGAUGGUCUAUCAAGAAACAGACAAGUAGAGAAUUUAAAGGAACAAGUCAAUCAACUUAGAAAUGAAAAUGAAAUGUUGAGAAAAAAUAAAGCAGAAUUAGAAAAGCAAAAAGAAAAAGAUCCUUUGAUGGUGAGAAGCAAUAUAGUAGAAGAUGCAGACAUCAGAAUUGAGGAAGUCCAGAAGGCUAAUAAAGAACUGAGACAAAAAAAUGAAGAUCUGAUGUUAAAGUUGGAUGCUGUGAACCAGGAAAACGCAAGAAUCAGACAAGCUUUAAAUGAAACAGAGUCAGACAGCCUCAGAAAUGAAAAUAUGAAGCUAAGGAAGGAAAUUGAAUCUCUGAAAAAAGAGAAUCAGGUUUUGAACUCACAGCAUCAAGAUGGGGAUGUGAUCAAAGAUUCUCCUGAUGUCACGAAGCUUAGAAAAGAAAAAGAUGCUAUGCAAAAACAAGUGGCCUUGCUUCAAGGUCAGAUGAACUUGGUAGAAGGCAGCAAGAAGAGAGCAGAGGAUCAAGUGAGCAGACUCAAUGCAGAACUGAAUGAAAUGCGAGCCAAAAUGAAUCAAGUCAACACCUCCCACAAUCCUCCACUAGAAGCUGAAUUAAGAAAAGAAGUCGAGAUACUCAAACAUAAACUUGAGAAAGCUGGAGAAGAUCAUUUGCUUCAGGAAUCUCUCAUCAAUAAACUUACUGAGCAGCAAAAGGGAGAUAAUGUAGAGCACAAUAAACUGACUGACAAGAUUAAGGGACUUGAGUUAGAAGUUGAUCAGAAGAAGAAACUCCUUACUAGUCUAGAGAACCAGCUGAAAUUGGCAGAAUCCCAAGCUCAUUCAAGAGAACAGGAGAUAAAGCAACUCAAUAGCACAGUGAAGGAAUUGGAAUCUGACAAUCAAAAAUUAAACCAAGAAGUGCAAGAAAAGAAAAACACACCAACAAUCACACCAAAGUUUAACCUAGAUAAACCAACUUACAAAAAGCCAGAACCUAAAAUAAGCCUGCAGGAGGAAUUGGCAGAUGUAUUAAAGUCAAAGCAGAAUGGUUUUGAACUUCAAAGGUCAAGUCCAUUGCGCAGUAAAUCAUUGAGUCAUGCGGAUUUAAAAAGUCCAUCAAGUCCAUCAGAACCAGGUAAAACUCAACACAGGGGUCAUUAUGGAGGCAUGUUUUUUGUCUUACCAGAAAAGGCAGCAACUGAUGGAAGUACCAAACUACAGUCUCUCAUCUCCAAAUAUCGCAAUCAUAGUGACACAGAGGAGAGUAGCCAACCCCUUGCCAACAAACCUGGGACUCCCAAAAUCGUAUUUAAAAAUAGAUUUAGUUUGGGUGCUGUCAAGUCUCCGUCCAGACUUUCAAGUGAAACAUCAUCUACCUCAGAAGGCUCAAUUCCUUCUCCAGAAGUAGCAGCUGAUUCUCCCACUAGUCCAGACACUAAAAGUACCAGGCCUGUUAAAAAACUGCCUCCAGAACCUCUUCCUAAACCAGCAUCCCCCUUGAUGACCUGGACUAAAUCAACUUUCAUGAGGGCAGCAAGUGCGGAAAAUGGAGGUAAAGAUUCUGACCGCAAGCUGGCCACACCAGCCAUUCUCCAUGCCACUUUCCCAGCAGCUUCAAAUUCACAGAGGAGUCUUAGCAGCUCUGGUAUUGGCUUGUCGCUUGGAGACAGUGAAGACCUCAAUGAUAGCCAGGAACAGAAAGAUAUCAAUGCAUUGAUUCAAAAGCAGUUGACAGACAGGUUCAACGAAAUGGCGUCGUUCUGAAAAAAAAAGCUUCUCUUAUCCGGAUGUUGACUUAAAUGAUACUUGAAGGUGUUGGAAGUGGAAGUCGACCUGAAAGGAAUGUAAAGACUUCAAAAUCUAAAGAUGUCGAAAGAACAGCAUUUACACUAAGACAUUAUCAGGAAUAAUUGGUUUGAAACAUGUUCUAGAUCUUACCAUGAGUAGAUAGAUAGACGCCAAACACUGUUUCUUUCAAUAGUAUAGUAGUGUGUGCCACUAUUACAAGUAUUAUUAUAGUUAGACAACGUUGUAUAGUACACAAGCUUUCAGUCUAAACAUUAAAACUGAAGUCUAUUUGCUCCCCAAUGAGCAGGACUACAGCUGUUAGUUUGUUGUAGAGCUUCUCUAGAACUGAAUGUCCUAGACUUUCAGUAUUACAUCACUUAAUAGCAUUAGUUGGAACUAAUGGAAUGACUUUGAGCAUUCCAUCUUGUGAUGGGCAGUUUAUUGAUUGGAUAACUUCCCGUAACCUUUACCCUAUGAACAAAAGAGGGUUUUCUUUUGGUAGACCUCUUUUACCGUACUUUUGUAAUAAGAAAGGGAGAGAAUGGUAGACUGGUACAGUCCAUUAUGUCCCUUUGUUCUAGCCCAUGUACACGAGACAUGCAAUUUGUCUUCAUGAAUGUAACCGACUUGAGGCCUGUGAAAUGCAUUGUUGUUAGAACAAGCCUUGGAUGCAGACGUCAUCCUGCAUUAGGAAUGUAGUUUCUCUCUAUCAUUUACAUGUUUGUUAGUACACUUGGAGCCUUUGACCUGAUCUCUGGUUAUAGUAUAUAAAUAAGAAUGUGCUGAUUAUAACAAUCAUAUAACAGUCAUUUACAUUGUGUCUUUUGUAUAGUGCCUGAUGGUAACUAUUGAUCUAUUGCAUGCUUUUUUAAAAAUAAAUUAAUGCUACAAACCAAUACUGAUUGGGUAAGGCCAUAGUGUCAUUCAGGGUUAGUGCCAGGCUGUCAUAUGAUUAUAGGCUUAUUAAUACAAAAUGCUAAAGACAUUCUUUUUUUUUGUUUUGUUUUGAAGGGAACUUACUCAUGAAAGGUUCAACUCAUGCUAAGACAUUGUGUCACUUCAAAGCAACAGAGCUGCUGGUUUAGAUAUAGCUUAGCAUUCUUUGUUGCACAGUAGAAGGCAGAAUGUGGGUCUAAAGUAGACUUCUAAACUCCCACAGACUCAAUGGUGGUACAGCUUUCAUAGGACUGGGGCUAAAGAAAGUGCAAAAAAGUUAUGGCUUCCAAAGUUGUUCCUCAGCUUUUGGUUCCCCAAGUAGUUGUUUCCUUUAGGUUCUCUAAGCUACAGUUUCCUAGAUGUUCCCGAAGCUAUAGAUUCUGAUAUGUUUCCCAUGUUGUUGUUGUUUCCUCUUCUGUUUCCCAAAUUUAAAUUUCUUAAGUUUUAAUUUAAGUUGUAGCUCCUUAAGUCUGUUCCCUAAGUUAUUUGCUCCCUCAGUUAUUAGUUCUUGAAGUUGUUUCCCAAGUUUUAGUUCUUCAACUUGUCUUUUAAAUUUAAUUCUUCCAUAAGUUUUAGUUCUUCAAUUUUCCCCUUAAGUUUUAGUUCUUCAAGUUGUUUUCUAAGUCUAUAUUUCCCAAGGUUUAGUUCUCCAAACUAUAUUUCCCAAGGUUUAGUUUUCCAAACUAUAUUUCCCAAGGUUUAGUUCUCCAAACUAUAUUUCCCAAGGUUUAGUUCUCCAAACUAUAUUUCCCAAAAGUUUAGUUCUCCAAACUAUAUUUCCCAAAGGUUUAGUUCUCCAAACUAUAUUUCCCAAGGUUUAGUUCUCCAAACUAUAUUUCCCAAGGUUUAGUUCUCCAAACUAUAUUUCCCAAGGUUUAGUUCUCCAAACUAUAUUUCCCAAGGUUUAGUUUUCCAAACUAUAUUUCCCAAGGUUUAGUUUUCCAAACUAUAUUUCCCAAGGUUUAGUUCUCCAAACUAUAUUUCCCAAGGUUUAGUUCUCCAAACUAUAUUUCCCAAAGGUUUAGUUCUCCAAACUAUAUUUCCCAAAGGUUUAGUUCUCCAAACUAUAUUUCCCAAAGGUUUAGUUCUUCAAACUAUAUUUCCCAAGGUUUAUUUCUCCAAACUAUAUUCCCAAGGUUUGGUUCUCCAAACUAUAUUCCCAAGGUUUGGUUCUCCAAGGUUGAAUUCCACAAGUUGAAGAGUUUCAAUGGUUUUAGUGUUUUUUUAACGAAAUUGUCAAGUCCGUCCAUCACUUGUAUGUAAUGUGUAUAGCAUUAUUUUAUGUAGCCUACUUUACAGAGGCUAGUUAAUAUAUGCAAAUAAUAAUGUAUGAUAGACAUACAUGUCAUUAAUCUUUCUAAUAUGCUUACAUGUACUAGCUGUAAAUAAUGACAUUUGAAAUCAUUUAUUUUUCACAUGAAACUGUAUCUCAUAAGUUUUUUCCCUGGUGCCGGAAGUUCUGUAUUAUUAGCUGUGAUAUCAUCCAACUUGGUAGUCAUUUAUAAGUAUUGUUAUGAUUGAGAUUGGCCCUGUACCUACUCAACAUGUGAGUCGAGGGCUGUGUGUGGGUGUGUAUUUCAGUUAAUAGUUAAACUACUUGUUCAUUGUUCUGAGUUUUUUGCCUGUGUGCCAGUAUUAUUUUCUCUAGAAAUGUUUGAAUGUUUUAUGUAACUCUAUUUAUUAGAAGUAGAUUAAACUAUUUUUUUAAAA